AUGAACCAACUAUCUCCUCCUAAAAUCACAUUUCUCUCCCUAUCACUCUUCGUAAUAUCAGCAGUCGCUCCCGCCCUACAGAACUUCACGGUCUUACUUCCUCCCGGUACCACCAACCAUGGAAACCCCGAGCUCUUAUGCACCCCGCCUGGGUGGACCGAUAUAGCGACUUUCUACGUGGGCAACUACCUCACCCAUGCACUGACUGUGGUGCACAUGCCAGGAGAAGAGACACCAAGCUGGAUUAUCAAUGCGCUCGCAUCGCUACUCUUCCCACCAUUUGGCUUGUACAGGGGUCUUCGUGCAAUUUGGACAAAAGCGGUUUUUGCAAAGGGCGAUUUGCAGAAAGCAGCGAGGUCUGGCGCGUUAUGUAUGGUGGUACGAUCCAGCUCUUGGAGGCCGAUUCGAGAUACCAAAGUGUCAAAUGCUAUUCUGCUGAGUCCGGAAGAUCAAGCUCCCGUUCUAGAAGGGAAUAAAGUGGAAUCUGGAACGAUACGACCGCAUCGCGAAGACGAUGAGCCCAACAGCUCUCAUGAAGACACCGAAGGACUUUUGGCUUCUGAUACUGCCCAGGAAACGAUACAACUCUCGGAUUUCCCGUUGAAAACUGACGACCCUGUUUUGAAACGGGUACACGUAUGCGUCUUCGCCGCUCCAUGGUCCUACUGCCGCUACGAAGGGCCUGAAUCUGCCGACUCUCGCACAGUACGAGCUUCCCCCGUCCUUCCAGAAGGAUACAAACUAGUGAUAGUCCCACCAGACACGCCCAUACGACCUCUAAAUGUCGAUAACGCGGAUAACAUCAUCUCCUGCAGUCACGAUUGGAUCACGGGGCUAAUCGCCGUGGGUCAAGCGAUCUUCGCUAUCGUAACACUCUGGCAAUCUCGAGGAGACCAGGUCCAACGUUAUGGGUACGCUGCUUUCGGUCUCACAGUCGCGCCCUACGCUACUAUGUCUUUCGUCAACUUGCUAGGCACGCUCAUGCGCCCGGACUUUGAUGCAGUGUAUCUAGUUGGCUCGCCAACUAUGUUGGAGGCACGGUCGAGACUCAAAGGCAGCGCGGAAGGGUAUUUUCCCGGAACGGUCGCGGAGCUGGAGGUUGAUGAGACUUUCAACUUUCAGUCCCACAACGUCAAGCCCAGGUUGCAAUUCAUGAAGCGACCGCUUGAGUUCAAAGCUUCGAAUAGGAUUUUGGAAGUGCACUCUCCAGAGCUGAACGUGCUGUAUGGAAGCACUGUCCAAGGGGCUGAUGAUUCCAAAGUCACCGCCACAUCCCAGACCACCGAACUCUCCCACAACGCCUCAGCAAUAGUCCUCCAACAGCGCAAAGAGUGGCCCGGCUACACCACUAACCCCGAGCAGCCCCUCCUCCUCAUCCCCUCCUGCGACCCCUUCCGCUACCACCAACGCCACCAAACCCUCUACACCCUUCCCCUACCCCACUGGAAAGACCCUCAGCGCGGCUGGGACAUCAACUGGACUCUCGACGGCUACAACUCCCUCCUUCCCUACAGCAGCUCCUUCGUCGAGCGGGCGCGCUGGUAUGGGUUCUUACUCGGCAUGGUUCCUCUGGCCAUCAUCGGCGGUAUCUCCCGCUUCCGCGGUGGCUCGAGUAGUGCGACGCAGCGGGCGUUGACGAUGUUGUGGGUGAGUUGGGGGAUUGCUGUGGGGUUUGUGAGGGCGGAGGCUACGAGGAACGAUGUGAUCGAGCUGAGUGGGGCGAGGGGCAAAAUGAAGAAGGGGUUGGUCUUGGGCUUGGAGUUGCUGUUGUUGUUGCCGAUCGGGGCGCCGGCGGUGGCGGGCUUUGUGGUUGUGGGGUUGAUGCUGAGGGAGUUUGGGGUUUGUGUGGUUCUGCCUUCUUGAUUUCCCUCUUCCCAUGUGAGAGCGAGAAGAAGAGGGGGAAGAGGGAGCUGGAGGAGGAGUUCUGAUGGAACUCUAGCUGCUUGGAGCAUUCCUAGGGCCAUUUUAUCGUUAAGCUUGCGAUUAUGACCUGGUUCAAGAUUUGUGUGUGCUGCCCAGGUGCGGUUUAAGUAGAGAACUUCUACAAAUGCGCCACAAUCCCGAAGCUAUACCUAAUAGCGCAUUAGACGAUGGACACCUAAUGGGUUAUGCCUACAUGCUAGAAACCGUGCAGCAAAUCGAC